UUCAAAAACGUGUUGAACUUAUGGAAAUGGAGACUUCAUCUGUGUAGAAUCCAUUUGCCGUUUGUACAAGACUGGUCUUGUACGGUAUUCAGAAAAGACGAAAAACAUGUUGUGGAAGAUUACAUUAAAGAGAAUAAUGGAGAAAAUAGUUCAUCAGUAAGGAACAGUAUUGCUGAUGUGAUCAGCUCUGCUGAUAAUGUACUUCAGUCUGCUGCUAAGAAGCGAGGCCGCAAACCGAAAGUGCUGGGUUGUACUGGGGAUGCCUUUCUUACUCCUGCAGCUGGAACUAGAAGUGUAAGAAUGAAUCGACAGAAAGCUGUUCUGGGUGUAAGCCAAUCUGACAACUUGCUAGUGCCACCACCCACCACUUCCAGGGUUCUUCGCACGAAGAAAUUGGUGAGUUUAUUUACAAUAGUUGAAACAUACUUGUAUACAUUAUUCAUUUGUUUUUCCAGUUAGAUUUUUUGUUGUAAAACCUGUGUUCAUUUCAUCCUUACUCCUGAAUGAAGGUCUCCUGCACAGGAUAAAUUAUGAAAGAUUUGACUGC